UCCAAUUGUUCAUACACUUGGAAAUUUGAAUCCUAUCAUACCCAACAACUCAAAGUUUGAUUACCCAAAUGGCCUCUUCAGAAGAAACCCAAAGCCGAAUCCAUGCCAACAACAUGCGGCAAGAUCACGAGGAACAAUCUUCCUCGUACGCUCUGCAGCUUGUCAACUCAGUCGCGCUGCCCAUGACUCUGCAUGCCGCACUUCAGCUGGACAUUUUCCAGAUCAUAGCCAAAGCCGGAGCUGGCGCCAAGCUCUCCCCACAAGAGAUAGCAACCCAGUUGGGCACCCAGAACCCCGAUGCACCCAUAAUGCUGGACCGCAUCCUUAGGCUCCUAGCCACCUACAAUGUGCUCACUUGCUCUGUUGCUGUUAAUGAUCAUCAAGAUGAUCCUCAGAGACUGCACGGUUUAGCAUCUGUGUCCAAGUACUUUACCCGAAAUGAAGAUGGUGUUUCACUAGGACCCCUCAUGGCUUUGCUUCAAGACAAGGUCUCAAUUGAAGAAUGCAAUUGUUGAAGGAGGAGUUCCUUUUGACAGGGUCCAUGGAACUCAUGCCUUCGAAUACCCUGCCAAAGACCCCAGAUUCAAUCAAGUUUUUAAUAAAGCAAUGUUCAAUCA